CCCACGUCGUCGUCCAUACAUUGUAAUCCACAUCGGGAUCCACACGUUGAUCAGGACACGCCGAGGACAAGCUAUCUCGCGUGCCUCGGCAGCACGAUGUAUCAGAGAACGGUGGACGAGCUGCAGGACGAGCUGAACUCGUUCGAGCAGCGUCUUUCAGCGUCGGCGACCGGCUCGUACAAGAGGAAAAUUUACGACCUCGAGGCAAUCUGCUGUGCUGACCUCAACAGAGUGAAGUCCAGGUUCGUGAGGUCCCUGCAGGCCUUCGGGAAUACGAUUGACUCGAUCGAGGAACUUCGCUCGCUGAGAAUCAACCCGCCGCCGCCGAGCCUCACAAAGAACCCCCUAACCGGGAAUAACACGGACGCUUGCCGGCAUGGAAGACCAACUUCAAGGAAUUCCAAACACGAUCGAUCGUUACCGCGAUCCAAAUCGAUCGUCGUAGAAGGCAACCGUAGUUUAUGGCUGUCGUACAUGUGUGCGAAGCGGUACAGCGACAGCGAGAUGUAUAGCAAAAUUUAUAGAUCAUUGACAUAUAGUGAGAAUCCGCAGAUCGUGGACAUGAACGGUUCUGAUUUUAACUUGAGACAUCACAGAAGUAUCACCACGAUUUUCCCAAGCAAUUUCGAU